CAAGAGAACCACACAGCACCACCGGGUGAGAGCGAAGGAGACACCGACAGAGACACACAGCACCACCGGGUGAGAGCGAAGGAGACACCGACAGAGACACACAGAGACUCACCAAACCAAGACUCACCCAACCUUCACCAGACCACUGAUCCACACCUGCAGCCGGGCUGUCACUUUCAAGGCUCUUUCUCUUGGACUCCUCUUUCCUCUCUCUCCCCAUCUGUCGCUCCUGAUCAUGUGGAAGGCUGCGGUGUUGACGUUUGGCCUGUUGGUGGCGCUGGUGGGUAUGGUGCAGGCUGCAGAGGGCCACGCUAACUCUAUCUACGGUGUGAAGCUGUGCGGGAGAGAGUUUAUACGGGCCGUCAUCUUCACCUGCGGAGGAUCGCGUUGGAGGAGAGGAGUGGGCGACGCCGGUGAGAUGGGUGACAUCUCCAUUGACGAGGAGACUGAGGCCUACAGCCCAUGGAGCUCCAACGCCAUCCCCGGCCUCGCCAGCAAGCAGCGUCCAGGAUUGGAGGCUCAGGGCUGGGCAGGCGAGGUCAGGGAGGGGGGCUCUGCCGCUGCUGUGUUCAGUCGUUUGGCCCGCUCGCCCAUCUCAGAGGAAGUGCUAGAGGCGCUGCGCAGUGCGGACAGGAAGGGGCGGGAUGUCGUGGUGGGCCUCUCCAACGCCUGCUGCAAGUGGGGCUGCAGCAAGAGCGAGAUCAGCUCCCUCUGUUGAGCACUACCAACACCUCUCCUUUUCAUCCCUCUGUUGAGCACUACCAACACCUCUCCUUUUCAUCCCUCUGUUGAGCAUCCCUCCCUCCUUCCCCCUAGCCCUCCAUCCCUCCUUCCAUCUAGCCCUCCAUCCCUCCAUCCCUCCUU